ACUCUCCAUCUCCAAUGUAAGCCGCACGCCACCCCCUUGCCGCGGACCACCGCACUUCUUAUGGAUGCCAAAUAUGUGGCCAUGAACUAGUCCGCUCCGACCAAAGUCCACAAAUGGUGAAUGGCUUUCCAAAUAUCUUGAACAGCUCAUUAUAGAAAUCUCUGGAACCUUCUCCUCGUUAGUUUUCAUCCACUCCUUGUAACAGACUUUUUUUCGCAGAAACCCAUGUUUGCAUGCGCAUUAUUUCAGUCUCCAGUCACACAGGCCAGCCUGAGAAGUUAACCCCAGAGCCCCAAAUCAAGCCCAGAAUUUCUAUUAUUGUACCUUCAUUUGUUGCUUGAUAAAAUGGCUGAGAGCGAGCCUUGUUAUUAUUCAGUGCUUGGAUUACGUAAAGAGGCCUCGGUUACUGAGAUUCGUGAUGCUUAUCGGAAGCUCGCUCUGAAAUGGCAUCCAGACCGGUGGAUAAAAGACCCUGCAGUCGCUGGGCAGGCGAAAAGGCGGUUUCAGCAAAUACAAGAGGCUUAUUCAGUGUUAUCAAAUAAAGGAAAGAAAAGACUUUACGACGCUGGAAUGUUGGGUUUUCUUGGAGAUGAUGAUGAUGAUGAAGGCUUCUGUGAUUUUAUGCAAGAAAUGCUUUUGAUGAUCGAAAAUGUGAGGUCACAGCCACGGAGGGGUGACAGUUUUGAAGAUCUUCAAAGAUUGUUAAUGGAGAUGAUGACAGACGAUGAAAGACUCAAACUUGAUUUCGAAUGGGAAGCUUGUCAAACCCCUCAAAAAAGAACUCGCAACACCAACUUAUAAUUAUUGGCAUUUUUAGUGCAAAAUUUGUCAAUUGUUAUGCAAUGGAAAAAAAGUAGCCACCUCUUCAUAAAUAAAUCUUGCUUUGCUGCCUCAA